GAGUAAUGGUUAAAAACGAGCAUCCUUUUCGCACCAGUAUUAUCGAAGUGAACCUAGUUAGCGAAUCCGAGAACCUUAUUUGUAUCACUGAAGACAAGGUCCAGCGUAGAUUGGUUGAAGGAGUCUUAUUAUCUGAAGAGAGGCAUUCCCCAUUUUUGGUACAUGCCGGAGGCUAUGCCGUCUCAAUAUUAUGA